AUGAAACGUUUAACGCGACAUCGUUCAACAACUAUUCCUAAUGAGAACGUGAACGUAAGUUCAGUAGCAACAAAUAAUCAAUUUCAAAUUUAUGAUUAUGAACAAACAUGUCUAAGACAAUUAAGAAAACUUGGAAUUAGUCAAGAUAGAGCAGAAAAAGCAUGUGCUGCAACUGGUUAUCAAUCAUUGAAAACCGCAUUGGACUGGUUAUAUAGACAUAUAAAUGAUGCACGCUUAGAUCGUCAUGAUUUAUGUAAUCAUGAAUUUAUUAUCUAUUUAUGUCCAAAUGAACAGCUUAAAGAACAAAUUUAUACUUAUAUGAAUGAAUCAUUACAAUUAUUUGGCUCAAAUCAAGCACAUAGUGAUAAAAAUUUAACAGCAUUUAAAUUAUGCACAUUUUUUCAAGUGCCAGAUCGUUAUGUUUAUCAUAUUCAUAAAACAUUUGAGCAUAUUGUACAUCGUUAUCGUGAACGUUUUUCAUCUCGGCAUUUAACGUUGCAAUUAAUUGGUGAACAACAAUUUUUUAUGCUAUAUCCAGACAAAGAUAGUGAAAGAUUAUUGAAAGAAAUAAUUAACGAUAUUCAAACAAUGCUAAAUCAAUAUGCUCCAUCUAUUGUUCUUCCAUUAUAUCGUAAACAAUUUCAUAUAACAUUAGCAUUUGGUAUUACUGAAAUAUCAUCAAUGGAACGAAAAGUGAUGCACGAUUUAAUUUCUACAUGCAUUGAUUUCGAUAGACAAAAACAAUAUCAAUGGGAUUUGAGACUUUAUUCAAGAGAAAUACAUUUAUCAAAUUAUGAAAAAGAGGUUUACCGUGUUAUUUUACCUAUAACAUCAACACCAUUAUCAGCAACAUAUCCAACGGAUUAUCUUCGACUCGAACAAGAUGAUAUUUUAUUUGUAACUAGACCGGGAAAACAGAGUACAGAUGGAAAUAAUGAACAAUUAGCGUAUGAGAAUAAAUAUGCUAAAGUAGCUUGA